CCAGCCCAGCUAUGCAGCCCAUGUUUAGAGAGACUCCUUGGGACCGGGCAUCCGCAGAACAAUGUCUGUUUCUGUUCAAUUCAGAGUGGUUAUUGCACGCUGUUCUUCCCGCUAGGCAGUACGUCUUUUUCACAGCUCCAUUGGGACUAACAGAGGUGAAAGGAAGAGUUGGAGCAUAACACCUCAUCAGAAUCAUGAGACGAACUGGGACAUCAUCUUUCCUCUUCUGUGCUCUUCAACUCACAGUGUUGUUGGCAGUUUUCUCAUCUGAAAUUAAAUUUGUUACAGCUGGGAAUUCAAACCCAAGCCUCGGAACAAACUCUUCCAUUGGCAACCAAACUAAUAAGAAGUGUGAUUCAGUGGAUACUGAAUGCAAAGUGGGUGUCAUUCUGCCCAUAUGGUUACCAGAGAACCCAUCUUUUGGUGAUAAACUGGCAAGAGCCACAGUUUACUUCGUGGCCUUGUUUUACAUGUUCCUGGGAGUCUCUAUCAUUGCGGAUCGCUUCAUGGCGUCCAUCGAGGUAAUUACAUCACAAGAGAGGGAGAUCACCAUCAAGAAACCAAAUGGUGAAAAAGUGACAACCACUGUGCGUAUAUGGAAUGAGACGGUGUCCAACCUGACCCUUAUGGCCCUGGGUUCCUCAGCCCCGGAAAUCCUACUGUCCGUCGUUGAGGUGUGCGGUCACAACUUUGACGCAGGUGAUCUGGGCCCGAACACAAUCGUUGGUAGUGCUGCCUUCAACAUGUUCGUUAUCAUUGGAUUCUGUGUUUCUGUCAUUCCUGAUGGAGAGCACCGGAAAGUCAAACAUUUGAGGGUAUUUUUUGUUACCGCCACCUGGAGUAUAUUCGCGUACACCUGGCUUUAUCUCAUCUUGGCUGUCAUCUCUCCGGGCAUCGUACAGGUGUGGGAGGGCCUUGUCACACUGUUCUUCUUCCCAUUGUGUGUUGGGAUGGCUUACGUCGCGGAUCGCAGACUUCUUGUCUAUAAGUACAUGUACAAACGCUACCGCACAGGGAAACGAAGAGGGGUGAUCAUUGAGACGGAAGGGGAGGCGCAAAUACCUUCAAAGAUGGACAUUGAAAUGGACGGGAAAAUGCUCAACUCAGAGAGCUUCAUGGACGGAGCGAUGGGUUUCGAUGAGAAGGACCUGGAUGAGGAGGAGGCCAGAAGGGAAAUGGUCCGGAUCCUGAAGGAACUGAAGCAGAAGCAUCCAGAGAAGGAGACGGAGCAGCUGAUAGAACUGGCCAACUACCAGGUAUUGACACAGCAGCAAAAGAGUCGCGCCUUCUACCGAUGCCAGGCUACCAGGAUCAUGACGGGAGCAGGGAACGUACUGAAGAAGCAUGCAGCAGACCAAGCCAGAAAAGCUGUUGGUGCGUACGAGAUCCGCUCCGAAGUUUCUGAGAAUGACUUUUCGUCAAAGGUCUUUUUUGACCCCGGUACAUACCAGUGCUUGGAGAACUGCGGUACAGUGGCCUUGAAUGUAGUACGCCUUGGUGGGGACUUGACUAACACUGUUUCAGUGGAAUACCGUACAGAAGACGGCACAGCCAAUGCCGGAUCGGACUACCAGUUCACUGAGGGCGUUGUGGUGUUCAACCCCGGUGAGACUGAGAAGGAGAUCCGGAUAGACAUCAUUGACGAUGACAUCUUUGAGGAGGAUGAGCAUUUUCUGGUCCACCUUAGCAACGUGAAGGUCAUAUCAGAGGGCACUGGCUACGUACAACCAAGGGCUAAUCACUUGGACACUUUGGCGGGCCUUGGCCUACCCUGCUCAGCCACCGUGACUAUCUUUGACGAUGACCAUGCCGGGAUCUUUACUUUUGAAGAACCGGUAAUGACCAUAAGCGAAAGUAUCGGCAUGAUGGAAGUAAAGGUUCUUCGUACCUCAGGAGCGCGGGGUCUAGUGGUUGUACCCUACAAGACCAUGGAGGGUACAGCAAAAGGAGGGGGAGAAGACUUUGAAGAUACGCACGGAGCGCUGGAAUUCCAGAACGAUGAGAUUUUCAAAUCUAUACAGAUCAAUAUAAUCGAUGACGAGGAGUAUGAGAAAAACAAGAACUUCUUCCUUGAGAUGGGAGAGCCUCAGCUGCUGGAGAUGAGUGAGAGGAAAGCUGUGUUGCUUCAAGAAAUUGGUGGAUUCGUGAAGACAGACAAAAGGCUUUAUGGCAGGGACGUCUACCGGAAAGUGCAGGGUAGGGAUAACCCUGUCCCUGCCACCAUUAUCAGCCUUGCAGAGGAAGGGGACGAGGAAGCUCUCUCUAAGAAGGAGGAGGAGGAACGCCGCAUCGCUGAGAUGGGCCGGCCCACCCUGGGGGAGCACGUCAAACUGGAAGUCGUCAUCGAGGAGUCGUAUGAGUUCAAGAACACAGUGGAUAAACUGAUUAAGAAGACCAACUUGGCUCUAUUGAUUGGAACCAAUAGCUGGAGGCAGCAGUUUAUGGAAGCUAUCACAGUCAGCUCUGGCGAUGAUGACGAGGACGAGUGCGGCGAGGAGAAGCUGCCCUCCUGCUUUGAUUACGUCAUGCACUUCCUCACCGUCUUCUGGAAGCUCCUGUUCGCAUUUGUGCCGCCCACCGACUACUGGAAUGGCUGGGCCUGCUUCGUGGUCUCCAUCAGUAUGAUUGGCCUGCUCACCGCCUUCAUUGGAGACCUGGCCUCCCACUUUGGCUGUACCGUGGGCCUCAAGGACUCCGUGACCGCCGUGGUGUUUGUGGCGCUCGGGACGUCUGUGCCAGACACAUUCGCCAGCAAGGUAGCUGCAAUCCAGGACCAGUACGCCGAUGCCUCCAUCGGCAACGUAACGGGCAGCAAUGCCGUCAACGUCUUCUUGGGCAUCGGCGUGGCCUGGUCCAUCGCUGCCAUCUACCACAAUUCCAAGGGCAACGACUUCCGGGUGGACCCGGGCACCCUGGCCUUCUCCGUCACCCUAUUCACCAUCUUCGCCUUUGUCGCCGUGGCCGUGCUCAUGUACCGGCGCCGGCCCGAGAUUGGGGGCGAGCUGGGUGGGCCCCGUGGCCCCAAAAUCGCAACCACCUGCCUCUUCUUCAGCCUGUGGCUCAUGUACAUCGUCUUCUCCUCCCUGGAAGCUUAUUGCCACGUCAAGGGCUUCUAACUUCUCUAUAAAGUAUCUGAAAGCAAGAUUCCAAAAGGGAUAAUUAAAAGAUCUAAGAAAGCUUCUGAAAGAUCUUUGAAAGCUUCUAUAAGGUCUAAUAAAGCUAUUCAAAAGUAUUUGAAAGCUUCUAAAAUAUAUUUUAAAGCUUUUUAGUCUUUUAAAGCUUCUAAAAUAAAUUGUAAUGCUUCUAAAGAACCACUUUAUUGACAUCUUACGCCAUUGACUCCAUGUCCCUUUACCCUAAAUCUAACAUCAAUGACUCUGCAUACCCUUCUCGUCCUAUGCUUAAGCCAUCUACUGCCACAUCCAAUACAUCCGAAGCAUCCACUACUACAACUAAGGCCUCUAAACCAACACCAGCCAGAUGGUGGCCCAAAAAUAGGGAUUUUUAAAAUUAUUUUUAACUAUUCAUUUAGUGUUUGUUCUCUAGCUCCUUCAAUCCUGUUGUUGCAGCUUUAUUUUAAAUGGAAGCUAUCUGUUGACUUUCAUUGGAUCAAGACUCCUAAGGCUGUAUAUCCAAAAUGUACUUUCAGAUGAAGCAAAAACGUGUGCUUGUUUGGUUAUACAGAACACAGAACUUCAAAGCUGGGCAUAAAAGUGCUGCUGGUUGGCGUCCACAAUUUCUGUUCAGUGCCCCCCCCCCAAAAAAAAGACACAUUUGUCAUAAUAUUCCUGUAGCCAGAAAUGUGAGUGAUUGUUUAAAUGCAAAGAGCAUAUGGAUGAAAAAUUCUUAGUUACUUAUGUAAAAACUUGAAAGAGGCUAUAGCUCAUUUUAUGUCUACACUGUACUGUUGCUGUGAUGACUGUACCUCUAAUAUUACAGAAACUAAAAACUAAAAAACGAAUUCUUAGGGGUUUAGUCGGGGUCUCAACUCACUGUUGAGGGUUAGAAUAAAGAAUACACAAGAUGCAAUUUAGAAAUGUGCAUCAGCAGUCACUCAAUUAGCCCAUUUCAGCUAAAUGUUUUUUGAUUGGUAAGUCAGUGGCCAGCUAUCUAAACUUGUAGUAAGCAUGGUUGAAUUACCGACCGGAUGGGGCCCUUUGGUCAUCAGUUAUCAUAUUAAAACUGCUAACAUUUGCAUCCACCCUAUGGUAAAAUGUGUAGAAUUUCAGGAAAUUAGCUGUAAAACUGCUAAUUGUUUUCUCCAGUCCAUGGCAAAAUGUGUAUAAUUGCAGAGAACAUGCUUUAAAACGGCAACAUUUUCUCUACACCCCAUGGCAAAGUGUGUAGAAUUGCAGGAAAUUAACUUUAAAACUUCAAAUGUUUCUCUUCGCUGUCACAGGGGUGCUUUGCUGGCGGGGGGUGGUAUGGAUGUGGGUACGCAGACCCACGAACCACUGCAGCCCCUCAUGAUGAGUUCCGUUGUCCAUCCCUGUAGUAAACUAUCAAGAUCUCCAACACAGAGACUGCCAAUCCCUUUAUAUAUGUGAUGUCCAUAGCAUCUUUCAUUUGGUCUGUUAACUAUCACAGGUGACAGACAAAACAACACAAACACUUCUUUCAUAGAAAAGUCAUCAAAAAUGUCUUGCGUGUCAAGUUUUGUCAUACGUUGUUGUUGAUUCUUUGUCCAGGUGUGCGGCGAUGUUCACUUUAGCGCUGUGGUAAGCAUAGUGUGCUUGUGUUAACUCUGACUGAAUAAUCCUCAAUGUUGGAUUAUCAAUGUGCUAAUUGUAAACUAUAUGCAUGAGUGUAAACAUAACUGUAUAUCAUAAGCCAUAGUUAUCAUUAACAUUAGGGGACACAUUUUAAUGAGUAGUAAUGGAUUUGGGUUCAUUGAGAUUGUUUUUGUGUGUUUGCUCCAAGAACAAUGUUAUCUGAAAGACUACAAUUAUUUAAAGUAAUGUGAACAAAUAAUUUCUUAUUUGUAUGAAAGGCAAUAUCUCAUACUCUUGUGUUGAUUAAAUAGGUAUUUGUACUGUCCAAAACUAUAUUGCUCUGCUUGAGUUUGCUGUCAAGUUUGCGGAAAAUACGAAGCAGUACUUUGUCUGUGUUAUCUGUUUUUGUAUAUAGUGUACAGUGUUGUCAAAGUGAGGUAGUUGGCCUCAAUGUUGAAAAUAUAAGAUUCAAGCUAUUUAUUUUCCUACCCUUUGGGGACACAACAAUAGCUAAUGUUGCCUUCCAGGGGACCCACGUUUGAAUUGACGUCCUCCCCUCUAUUUUUCUGAAUGAGUCUGGGUGGUUCUUGUCCUUGUUGAGGUAUUUUGAUCCUUUCUUGCGAUGGAAGUUGUCUUGUCGGCAAUACAUUCAGGGGCCAAAACGGAUACUACAUACCUACUACAGAGUAAAUUCAGCCAAAUCUAAAAGAAAUAAGCAUCACUUUACCAGUACUGUGUGAAUGUAUGGUAUUGUAACUUCUUGCACAGUUUUGACUAGUUUAAACAAAACAAAAGGAAUCCAGCCCAAUUCUUUCUCUCACAUUAAGAACAUUGAUUCCCUAUUAGGACAGCUGAUGCAUAAAAAAUAGCCAUAUUAUGGCUUCUGUUUAUUUCACUUUUCUCAUUGUCCCUAUUGGUGAUGUCACACACAUUGACAAUAUUGUAUUGAUUCACUCUUCCUCAACUUGUCACAAGCCUAGGCCCACCUCUAGACGAAUUGUUCUAUGUAUUAACAUUGGUUAUACAUACUGUAUAGCCUUGUCCCCUUCUGUAACUGUGCUGUAGCCAACUUUCUAUUCUUCCAUCCUUUUCAAGCUAUACAUACACUAUAUAUACAAAUGUAUGUGGACACCCCUUCAAAUUAGUGUAUUUGGCUAUUUCAGCCACACCAGUUCCUGACAGGUGUAGAAAAUCGAGUACACAACCAUGCAAUCUCCAUAGACAAACAUUGUCAGUAGAAUGGCCUUACUGAAGAGCUCAUGUCACAUGUCACAUGUCACCGUCAUAGGAUGCCGACUUUACAACAAGUCAGUUCGUCAAAUUUCUGCCCUGCUAGAGCUGCCCCGGUCAACUGUAAGUGCUGUUAUUGGGAAGUGGAAACAUCUUGAAGCAACAACACCUCAGCCGCGAAGUGGUAGACCACACAAGCUCACAGAACGGGACUGCUGAGUGCUGAAGCGCUCAGCACAUAGAAAUCGUCUGUCCUCGGGUUGCAACACUCUACUGAGUUCCAAACUGCCUCUGGAGGCACCGUCAGCACCAUAACUGUUCGUCGGGAUCUUCAUGAAAUGGGUUUCCAUGGCCGAGUAGUCGCACACAGGCCUUAGAUCACCACGCGCAAUGCCAAUUGUCGGCUGGAGUGGUGUAAAUCUCACCUGCAUUGGACUCUGGAGCAGUGGAAACACGUUAUUUGGAGUGAUGAAUCACCCUUCACCAUCUGGCAGUCUGAUUAAUCUGGGUUUGGUGGACGCCAGGAGAACACUACCUGCAUAGUGCCAACUGUACAUUUUGUGGAGGAGGAAUAAUAGUCUGGGGCUGUUUUUCAUGUUUCAGGCUAGGCCCCUUAGUUCCAGUGAAGGUAAUCUUAAUGCUACAGCAUACAAUGACAUUCUAGAGAUUCUGUGCUUCCCACUUUGUGGCAACAGUUUGUGGAAGGCCCUUUCCUGUUUCACAUGACAAUGUCCCAGUGCACAAAGUGAGAUCCAUACAGAAAUGGUUUGUCGAGAUCGGUGUGGAAGAACUUGACUGGCUUGCACAGAGCCCUGACCUCAACCCUAUCGAACACCUUUCGGGUGAAUUGGAAUGCCGACUGUGGCUGAAUGGAAGCAAGUCCCCGCAGCAAUGUUACAACAUCUAGUGUAAAGCCUUCCCAGCAGAGUGGAGGCUGUUAUAGCACCAAAGGGGGGACUAACUCUAUAUUAAUGCCCAUGAUUUUAGAAUGAGAUGAUCGACAAGCAGGAGUCCACAUACUUUUGGUCAUGUAGUGUACAUCUUGGUAUGACAAGGAACGAACACAGAGAGGAUUUGGCAAAAGCGCAAACAGACUGGACCACCAGGCUGGGCAAUACAAACACCAUAUUUCUCUCAGAAUGCUUGUUCUAUAGGUUUCACUUAACUUUUUUAUUUUAUUUAUAGGGUUUUUGGUGUAUUUGUUUGCUGUAAAAUGUAUUUGAACGUCAUGAUUUUUCUUUCACUGUGCAUGCAAAACAGGAGGUAAUGUGUACCAAGGCUCAAUUAGUUCUGUCACAGAAAAUAAAAGUUUUGAAACCUA